AUGAACGACGAGGAAAAAAUAUGCAACACGUUAAAAGAGUUUACUACAUGCGAUAUAGCAGAUGCCUUAUUGAACUUGUACAAGAUAAAAGGAGGGAGUUACAUCCCCAACCUUACAAGACAGUCAGCCUUCACUGAACCUCUAGUUGGCCCGAUCAGCACCGUCUUGUUUGUUCCCAUUGAUGAUCCUCGCCCUGCUAUAAAUUAUAUUGAUAAUUUGAAACCUGGGAGUGUUCUAAUGUUAGGAUUCCCUUUGGAAUUCCAAUUGAAGUAUGCGCCUUAUGUAACUAUGUCUGAGGCAAUUUAUGGUGGAUUGAUGUCUAAGAGAGCUCAGUAUCAAGGGUGUAAUGGUACCAUUGUUUUUGGAAGGAUUAGAGAUGUUGAUGAGCAUAUUGCUUUGAAGUUCCCUGUGUUUAGCUAUGGGGUGAGUGCCUGCAGUGCUAACGGUAGAUUUAAGCCUAUUUUAAUGGAUGGCCUUUUGAAAAUUGUGAACUUUGACAAUAAGCCGAUGGAAUUAUCUUCUAGUGGCUAUGUGAUUUGUGAUAAAAAUGGUGCUGUCUAUAUACCAAAGUAUGUUAUAGAUGAUUUUGACAGGUUCAUUGAAUAUGUCAAGUUAUCUUGUGAAGUUGACGAGAAGAUCGCAGACGAUAUCGGAAAAGGUAAACCAGCAAAACAAGCCCAAGUAGAAAGAAGAGCCAUAUUAAAAGAUUUCGAUUAA